GCCUGCCCUGGCGGGAGGCCUUCGGAAGCGUCUCCAGGUAUGACAAGGCCAAGUCCUUGAGGCUCACCACCUGGCGCCCCACAUCCUUCCUGGAAACGGGUCGUGUCUGCCCCGCACCCCCCUUCCCAGGAUGUUUCGCCAGCGGUCCACACAGUCGGGGCUGGCCCCAGGUCGGCCCGAAUCCCAGUCGGCCGAGGAGCUGUGGGAGCUGGAGAUGGAGCGGCUGCGAGCCUCCCAGGCGCCCGUGCAGACGCUGCCCUAUGCCAUGGUUGACCGGCGCUUCAUCCGGAGGCUGCGGGAGCCUGAGGAAGACAAGACCUCGUGCUGGCAACGUUGGCAGCGCAGAAGGCAGAGGGCACGACAGCGCCUGAGAGAGGCAGUGCGGCGCCUGACACGGGACUUCGGCCUCUGGGAGGGCGCUCUCUACGAGAUCGGGGGCCUCUUUGGCACAGGGAUCCAGUCCUACUUCACCUUCCUUCGCUUCCUGCUGCUGCUCAACCUGCUGACCCUGCUGCUGACCACCAGCUUUGUGCUGCUGCCCCUGGCCUGGCUCGGCCCCGAUGACCCAGGCCCUGCCCUGAACCUGAGCCUCCAGUGCUCCAGCAGCUACCAACUCCAGAGUGGCAUUCCGAGGUUCCAUAACCCAGUCUGGAAUGUUCUAACCGGCAGGGCCUUCAAGGACACGUACCUCUUCUAUGGAGCGUACCGGGCGGGGCCCGAGCACAGCUCCGCAUACAGCAUCCGCCUGGCCUACCUCCUCACCCCGCUGGCCUGCCUGCUCCUGAGCUUCUGCCAGACGCUGAGGCGCAUGGUGAAAGGGCUGCCACAGAAGCUGCUCCUGGGCCAGGACUACCGGACGCCCCUGAGUGCCAAAGUCUUUUCCUCCUGGGACUUCUGCAUCCGGGUGCGCGAAGCUGCCACCAUCAAGAAGCAUGAGAUCAGCAACGAGCUCAAGAUCGAGCUGGAGGAGGCCCUCCGCCUGGAGCUAGCCCAGCAGCAGACCCGGGCCCAGAGGGCCUGCCACCUGCUCACCUACCUGCGAGUCAACGUCCUCAUUGCACUCCUGGUGGCUGGGGCCAUCAGCGCCAUCUUCUGGGCCACCAAGUACUCUCAGGACAACAAGGAGGAGUCCGUCUUCCUGCUGCUCCAGUACCUGCCUUCUGGGGUCAUCGCCCUGGUCAACUUCCUGGGUCCUCAGCUCUUCGUGGUUCUGAUCCAGCUGGAGAAAUACCCGCCUAGCACUGAGGUCAACCUCACCCUGAUCUGGUGUGUGAUGCUGAAGCUGACCAGCCUGGGGAUGUUCGCCUUCUCGCUGGGUCAGACCAUCCUGUGCACGGGCAGAAACAAGACCAGCUGUGAGCCCUAUGGCUACAACGCCUGUGACUACCAGUGCUGGGAGACCUCAGUGGGUGAGGAAUUAUACAAACUGAUCAUCUUCAACUUCCUGCUCACCGUGGCCUUCGCCUUCCUGGUCACUCUGCCUCGGAGGCUGCUGGUGGAGCGGCUCACAGGCUGGUUCUGGACGUGGCUGGGCCGGGAGGAGUUCCUGGUGCCCAAGAACGUGCUGGACAUUGUAGCGGCACAGACGGUCACGUGGAUGGGCCUCUUCUACUGCCCCCUGCUGCCGCUACUUAACAGUAUCUUCAUCUUCAUCACCUUUUACGUCAAAAAGUACACCCUCCUGAGGAACAGCAGGUCGUCCCAGCGGCUCUUCAGGGCCUCCAGCUCCACCUUCUUCUUCCAGCUGGUGCUGCUCCUGGGUCUGCUCCUGGCUGCGCUGACCCUGGGCUACGUGGUCAGCAGUACCCACUCCUCCUGGGACUGUGGACUUUACACCAACUACUCAUCCCCUUGGCAAGUUGUACCCGAGCUGGUGGCCCACCAGGGCCCUGGCCAACCAGCCCUCCACUACCUCGGUUCCCAGGCCUUCAGCUUUCCCCUCCUCAUACUGCUCAGCCUCGUCCUGACUGUGUGUGUCUCCCAGACCCGGGCUAAUGCAAGGGCCAUCCGCGGACUCCAGAAGCAGCUGGUGUGGCAGGUCCAAGAGAAGUGGCACCUGGUGGAGGACCUGUCGCGGCUGCUGCCGGAGCUGAGCCCAGGCGAAUCUUUGGGGCCUGAGUCCCCUCCGUCCCGAGCUUCGCGCCCGCGGUCCUUCUGCCCUGGAUUCCCGUGCCCAGGCUCCCCCGGCCCCAGGACCCCUCGAUCAGGAUCCUCGGGUGUGGAUCCCGCCAGGCUGAACCCCUCAAGCCCCGGGCCACGUGGUGCGUCGGUCCCCGCCCCCCGAUUCCGCUUCCCCAGCAGCUCGGAGAUGUAGCAUCCGAACCACCUCCUCUGCCUCUGGACGGUGUCCUCCAGGGGCCUGAGCCCACUGCAGCCCUUCCUUCCUCCUGUGUCACUCAGGCUCUGGGUUCCUGAGGCUCUGGCAGGGCUCCUCGAAGAGGGACACAUCCCCAGGGUAGUAUGACGAACAUGUGGGUACCUCCACCUGUCUAUCUCACCCCUUUUACAUUAUACAUUUUUGUUUUGAUUUUGAUUUUUCGAGGUAGGGUCUCACUCUGGCCCAGGCUGACCUGGAAUUCACUAUGUAGUUUCAGGAUAGCCUCGGACUCACAGCAAUCCUCCUACCUCUGCCUCCUGAGUGCUGGGAUUAAAGGCGUGCUCCACCACACCCGGCUUACAUUUUCUAUUUUUAAAUUUCAUUUUACUGGCAUACACUAAUUUUAUAUACCAAUGGGUUUCAUUAUGACAUUUUCACAUAUGUAUGUAAUGUAUUUUGAUCAUAUUCACCCCCAUUACCCUCUCGUGUCUCCCACUCCCACUGAACCAUUCUUUUCCCAACUAGAACACCUACGUGUGUGUGUGUGUCCCAA